UUUUGACGACACGCUCACGGUUGCGCAACAAGUGAUUGAGAGCGCAAGUUGAAACUCUCGACCCUGCUUACGAGACGUGAAUUCAUCACUUCUUAAGGGAGGAAUUUUACAGUACAUUCUACGUCUAUGGUCACAGAUCUGUCCCUCCUUUGUUGAUAAUACUGUGCUAACAUAGCUUCACACGUAAUAUUCUGGCACAUUCCACCGAAGUUUGACGCACGGGGCGUGUAUCCGGUCAUCCGUACUGCUAAGGUUAUGUGUUAUUCUAUUUUCGUAAUCUUAUAUUUCUUAAUGCUCUCGCCCAAGAUUAAACGAAUCGUAAUGACAGUGAGUAAACGCUAAUUUAAGUUGUGGUGGGAGAAAGAAAUCUUAAAAGUUCGCUCCGAAAUUGGUGUUAUUUUGUACCCAGUUGGGAUCAAUGGCUCCAUACACCGAUGAUUCACAGUGAGUAUUACUGAACGAAUAAGCUCAACCGUUAACUUCUUCGAGACUCUUCACCGCCUGAGAAUUCGUCGCUAUUGCGUUAAUUUGUUCCAUUUUUUUAAACUCACGUGAAAUUCGCGAGAAGUUUGUAACGAUAGGGUCGAUUAACUUCAUGAAUAAUAAGUUUAUUUUUAUUUUGGCUUGCCCAUAUUAAGUAUAAACUUUCCAAUAUCCUUGCAACAUAAACUAAAUAUAGGGGAUCGUGCAAAUUUAAUUCUGUUUGCGUGGUUUGAUUCAUUUCACGCCUAUGCAAUCCGCAUAAUUACGACGGUACAAGAACUCGUGAUCAAUCAUCCUAUUCGAAAUUCCAGUGAGUAAAUUUAAAGUUAUACUAACGGCAUAUCAUUUCUUAAGAAUUACUACUCUCAGUGGGAAAUUGUUGAACUUUGGCUCUCAGUUUUAAUGGAAAGUGAAAAUUUAGCGAAGCUUGCUGUUCAGCACAGUCUUGAGAAGACAUGUAAAUCAUUAUUCUAGUGCAGAAAUGUUUGUUUUAGGAGUGAUAAAGAGACUAAAAUUGAUCUUCAUCCACAAAAAUUAUUUAUGUUUUGCUUCACAUCAUGCUUGAACAAGUUUCUUUGACUGGUGAACUAUUAACUCUUAAUUUUUCAACACGAAGAUGCUGUUAUGUAAACAUUCAUUCAUCUGAAAUUUAUCAAGAAAUUUGUUGAUUAAAAUAGUUUCUGUUUUGAAGUGAGUUUGUUGAUUUACUUUAAUUUACCAUUGUAUCCAACAUCCCCACAUUAAAUUGUUUUCUUAACUGCUUGAUUGACUGAAUUGUUGUUCGUUAUAAUGUUAUAAAUUAGACAUUAUUAUGACAGCAUACUCACAUGUGACUGUCAUUCGGUAGAAAAUUUUAGAUGAAAAAUUAAAUUUUGGUCUACACUUUAACCCUACCUUCUUAUUUUCAUAAGACCACAGAUGAUUUUCUUUAAUAUUCUUGUUUGCCAAAAUUGGCUCAGUUGCUAAUUGGGAUGUUUGAAUCAAAUAUCUUGGAUCAACUCUGGGCUGCAAUUUAUGGUUGGGUGGAACAGUGAACUAGAGGACUAUCAAGAAGUUCAGUUAUGGAAAUGGAAGAGGAGGGAAGUGAUCAUCAGCAAAGUGCUGAAGUGACUCCAGCCAGCAGUGAGAAUGACCUACUGGAAAAUAAAUCAGAGGACAGCAUCGAUGAUGAUGAUGAUGAUGAUGAUGAUGAUGAUGAGGAAGAAGAUGAUGAUGAUAUUGAUAAAAUGUUGAGUGAGUUGCAGACUUUCCAAGAGGAACUUGAACAAAGAUCUCAGUUUCCAACAGAAGAUGAACAGAGCCCAGGCAUACUGCCAUAUGUGCCACCCUCACAACCCCUGGACCAGUUCAGAUUUUCCAUAAGUGCUAUGGAGGGAAGUGGUGAAGUCGACUUGGAUGCCCUUCUAGAAGAUCUGUGUGUUAUGGAAAGGGACAUGACUUCUUCCAGUGAAACAGAUUCCAUGUUUUCAGAGACAAUUUCUAGCCCUAAGAUUAACUCACCGAUCUCACCCAGAAUGAAGGUGUCAGCUGAUGUACGCAGCCGUCUGGAAAGUGUUCAAGAGGAGACAAGAGAACUUACCCCUGAAGAACAGCAUGAAAGGAUCAAAGCAGAGAAAAUAAGGAUAGCUCUGGAGAAACUCAGGGCAGCUAGAGUGAAAAAGUUAGUAGUCAAAGUGUACAAUGAUGAGGAUCCAACAUCAAAAACUGUGGCCAUUGAUCAGACUUGGACGGCAUGGGAAGUGUGCAAGAAGAUGAUGCGUAAGAAUGACACAGAACCUGAUCCCAACUGGGUUCUGAUUGAAAGAAUUCCUGAGCUCUUUUUAGAGCGACUUCUGGAAGAUCAUGAAUCAGUAGUGGAUGUAGUUUCGUCCUGGCCGUGGGAUUCAGAGAAUAAACUAGUGAUUAACAACAGAAGAGAAAAAUAUGCACUUUUUAGAAAUCCACAGAAAUUUCUUCUGACAAGCGAUACAUCAGCAGGUGCCGCACAGUUAGCAGAGAAAAGUAAAGAUAUCUUAUUGCAGGAAUUCUUUCAAAAGGAUGCCAUGAGACUACCAGAACUUGAUGGUAUUUUGUACCUUAAGGAAGGGAAAAAGUCUUGGAAAAAGCAUUAUUUUGUGCUCAGAGCAUCUGGAAUCUACUAUACACCAAAGGGAAAAACUAAGUCGUCACGUGACAUUGUAUGCUUGAUGAAGUUUGAACAUGUUUCAAUCUAUAAUGGUAUUGGAUUCAAGAAAAAGCUGAAGGCGCCCACAGAACACUGCUUCGUUUUAAAGCAUCCUCAGUACCAUGAUCUGGAGUCGAAAGCUGUUCGGUGUUUUUGCGCAGAAGAUCUUAAAACAAUGCAACGCUGGAUGGUGGGCAUCAGGCUGGCCAAGUUCGGUUACAAGAUGUUGGUAGAUUAUACUGACACACAGGACGAGAUGGAUAAGCUUGCGUUCACAUUGGAAAGGAACAAGUUCGCUAGGUCAUCAAGCUUCACUGCAGGGCAAAUUUCAGACCAAGCAGAUGGCAAACUUGAGUUGCAAACUGAACCACCCAAGGAUUAUCACUCGAUGAAAGCAAAGGUCCAGUCUCAGAGAAUCAAAGAUUCAAUCGGCACAUCCUCAAUCCACCCCAGUGGUAGCAUGAGCUUCUCCGUCAACAGGAGUAAAAUUGAACCUAAGAAGCCUUCGAAGAAGAUUGGAAAUUUGUUUUCGGAUGCCUGGAAGAAAGGGAACGAGUAUGACUCUAAGAAUAUUUCGGAACCCAUCUCGCCCGAUCCACCUUCGACACACAGUGCGGGAGCUGCUACGCCUAAUACUCUGGACCCAAAGCCUUUCACAAUAGACAACGUCAGCUUGCAUCCUCUGGAGGAAGAACAGGAGGAGAUGGGUCAGACUCAUGAUGCUGAGCCGGUAGAAGCUGUUGUUCCUGAGCACGAUUUGGUGUUAGAUCCACCGCCUUUACCUCGGAAGUCAUUUUCUAAGAAAAUAGAAGGGGGGGAAACUGCACAGCCACAGAAAGACCAGAACGAGGACAGACAACAUGCGCAGAAUGGUGGUGAACUCAGCCCAAGGGGCAGGAGCUCGUUCAAACAACCGAAGAGGACUCGCAGUGUAUCGCCGCCUCCACCACCACCAUCCCCACCCUUGGCAAAUCGUGGAGUCACCCAAGAACUUAGCAAUGACGUAGGAGUGUGUCACUCUGUGAACACGCGCGGAAGUACCUCUCCACCUCCCCCUCCUGUCCCUCCAAAAUCAGCGACACCCAGUACCUCGUCUGUAAGUUCAGACAACAUCGUGUUCCGACGAACCUCAUCGAGCGCUUCGGACCACGAGGUGUUUCCACGGUCACCUGUAAAUGUUUCAGACCAGGCUGGAAUGCCUCUACCCGCUUCUAGCGCAUCAGACCAGGAAUUUUUCGGCGACUCGCUCCUUCCACCACCUUCACGGCUUCUCUCCACCUCCAUGGAAGAAAUGCCUCCACCACCUCCUACAUCAGACGUUCAGGAAGAUGCAGACGUGGAGCUCCCUCCUCCUCCCCCAGAAGUGGUGUUUAAAGAAAGGCUCAGCAUGUCUAUCAGUAACGGCAGGCGGAGAACCUCCACUGAGGCCCCAGCAGUGCCACCUAAAACAGGGAGACCAAGAUUUAGCAGCUCGGGGGCGCACUCUCCAACCUCUUAAGAGAGAACGUCCUCGUUCACUGGCAGCUCGUAAACAAGUUUGUUCGCCUGCUAGUUAAACAAACUACAAUAAAAUGAAAAAUGUUGGUAAUAUUUAUUUAGUGGCGCGCAAAGAACCGUUGGACCCACCUGUGAGCUAAACUCGAGCGUUUAAGGAAACCAAUGGUACGCUAAGGUAACUGCAUGUUAAACCCACUUGAAAUCUCUCAAAUAUUUUGAUAUCUUUUCAGGACAAAUGUUGGAGGAUUAAUUUUUUGAACAUUCUUACAUUUUUUCUAUGAAGAAAUAAAAUUUCCUAUCGUAAUUUUUCUAACUUAAGAUGGAAGAAUCGAGUGUUAGAAUCUACUUUGUAGGUGAGAAAACAAUGGAAUUAUUUUUGUAAUUUGUCGAACUGAUCCCUUCUGGAGAAAAGGUGUCUUUUAAUGUUUCAAGGUGUGUUAGACAAUGCUAUUUUGACACUGUCUAGAAACUUGCCAGUCAUGAAUCGGCAUCUCAGUCAUCAAAGAACUAGAUUUGGAUUUAAGAGUGGUGACUAACCGUUUCAUAGGAGCCAAUUAUUUAUCAGUAUUAGUGUUUAAACAGAAAUUCUGCGAAAAAAAACUCAUAAAAUUAAGGUUACAGUUCAUAUGAACUAAACUGGACUGUUCGAAUGUAAUUUGCAUUGUCAUAAUUCAUUGAAUAUAUUCUUGUGUUUAAAUUUUGGUGAGUUUUUUCGUUUGGUUUAUUUGUAAAAUGUUGGAAUUGGUGUUCUUUGUCUCACGAUACAGUUUGCUUUUUUUUGUGUGUGGUUUUUUUACAAGAUCACGAAAUGCGGUCUAAUGUUCAGAAUUUUACAAUGGUCAUUAGUAAACACAGUACCACACAAAUGAAUAGUGCUUUUCGCGCGCGCUGAUUGGUAAGUUCGGAAGUGUAUAGCAAGAUAUAGCAAGUACUUUUCAAUUCCGAGGAGCAGAUGGAACAAAAUUGCGCAUCAAAAGUUAAAUUUACGACCGUUCAAAAUGUACGUUUUGUCCAAUAGGUUGCAUCAAAGGAAGCAGUCUAUUUUUAUUACUCCAAAACAAUAUUCGUUAAAAAUAUAUUUUACAAUUGUAUAUAGAAUUUAAGACAGAUGGAACUGUUAAAUAUUUGUAUGUUAAAAAUAAAAUUUUGUACGUUAUAAUUUUUUUCUUCAAAUGUACGCCGUCUUUGUAGUUAAUAAAACGAUCAUCACGGCAUUUGA